AUGGGGACGACGUUCAUGACCAUACAUAAUCUUACCCCCGACGCCAACGUCUUGUUUGCUUCCGAGUCUAUUGUGGAUAUCUUGGGCUAUGAUCCACGUCAAGUAAUAGGCAGAUCAUGCUUCGAUUACUUUCAUCCUGAUGAAGUACCAUUUGCUCGCAAUGUCCACAGCCGAGGAGUGCUACUCGACAAAGCUGCCGUUCUAAAUUAUGCCAGGAUCCGAAACAGUGACGGGUUGUGGGUUGGCUGUGAAUGUGUUUUCACAGUUGUGUAUGAGGUUUUGGUUGCUUGCACGAGCAUCUAUAGGGGAGAUGCAAAGAACGAACGGCGAGCUGCGGAAGCUCCAGCUAUCCGCCGUCUUUUUGCUUCGUCUCCACGAGACCCUCGAUACCACAUGUUGGAACAUCUAUCCUCAAAGUUCAGAACUCCUCCUCAAGCAUCACUUCUUGAGCCUCGUGCAGCCUUGAUCCUUAACCGAUUCACGCGCACACUUACUGUCAUGUAUGCGACCAACGCUGUCUCAAGCAUACUGGGAAUAAAGCCAGAACAGUUCAAGGACAAGAGUUUCUACGAAUGCAUCCAAGAAAAUUGCCUGAUGGAGGCCAUUCGAUGCUUGGAGAGUGCCAAGGCCAACGACUCUAUCGCCUAUCUUCGAUUUUGGUACCGCGAUCCCCGCCGCCAAGAGGACUUUGAUGAAGAGAUGCGGGAGGCUAGUCAAAGCAGUGAUUCUGAAGAUGGUGGCGUGGAGCUCAAUGGCCACAUGGACGUUGACUCCGACCCUGUCGCUGAAGGUAGCACUUCUCACUUAGGACGUGAUACUUCUGGAGACGAUAUGGCCAUGGUGCGAAACACAUCACCCAACCACUCAAGGAGAAAUUCUCGCACCAACUCUGGAAAAAGCGCAGACAUGGAAAGGAACUCAUCCGAUACCUUGUUCGACGGCUUGCGGGCUUCCUGUUCGUCAACCUCCUCGUUGGUCGGAGUCUCUCCCUCGGAGCAUCGACGAAGGCGACAAGCCCAGGUUGCACCACGCGAGGUAGAUCCUUACGAGAUAGAAGCUGUCAUUUCAUGUACGUCGGAUGGGUUGGUAGUAGUACUGCGCCGUGCUCGCCCAAUGAUUCCUUCCCUUCAGCCUCCCAUACCCGUACCACACUUUCCAAACGGCCUUUUUGCAGCACCCUGGGGAGCAAAUCCGAUCAGGCCCCACCAGUAUCAGCCAGAUGCACGCAAUCCUUUUUUACACGGACUUCGGGCGCCUCCAAUCCCGCCAGGUGGCCCUCCGGUGGACGAAUUCAUGAAUUCAAUUCGAGAAGUUGCGGUAUUUGCUUGGUCGUUGACGGGCAUCAAUGGAAACAUUGCUUCGUACGGCCACGGUACUCCUCGGGGAGAAGCUGUCCCAGCUGCCGGGCUCCCUAUUUGGGAUCCCCUUGGACAGCCGAGUCCUGGUUAUCUUCCACCGGUGAAUCAAGCCCUCGAAAGAUGGAGCCGGAUUGGUCGGAUGACGAAGGAACCUUAUGAUGGAAACAAAGUGUCUUAUCAGCAUGCCCAUCAGGAGGCAAACAUUCGGAACCAGAAUGGCUUUGGCUCGGGGCCUAUGGGACCUGAUAACCCCCCUUCAACGGAUUUCGCUCCCCACGCCAGCCAGCUCGCUCAAAUUCAUCAGGCUCAAUUCCAUAAUCAGCAUGAACUAGUCCAAGGACAAGGCGGGUGGUCAGCUAGGCCGCUAGCACAGGGUCCAACGGAAGGGACACGCGGGAAUAGGCAUCUUUGGUAUUAA